AGUUUACAACUCACACAGCUGGACGCGGCUUGCGGGCAGGAAAAGAUGGCGCUCUCGAGACUGCUGCCUCUAGAGCUCGCGCUCUACGCCGCCUGCUUCGUGUGCGGGAUAGUGACGGCCGCGAGCGUCACCAUCGUCCAGGGUCAUUUCGGAGGUCAGUGUAUCCUCUAUGGCCUGGUGAGCUUCAACUCGUCGUCCUCCUCCAUCACCCUCCAGUCCUCCAGCGCCGCAUCUCUGUGCUACUUUGUGUCGUCCAUCUCGGUGUUGGUGGCCGUGGUUUGCUUCUCGCUCUCCCUCUACUGGAUCUAUCAAAUCUGCAUCGAUGGAGAGGUCGCCAGAGAGCGUGUGUGGAUGAACGUGAUGGUGGGCGUCUGCGGAGUGGCCCUCUUCUUCCUCCUCAUAAGCGGCUGCAUGCUGAAGAUUGGCCGGGACUCCCUGUGUGACUCUGUGCUCGCCAGAGUUCCCAACAUAACCAGGUGUGAGGAUGCUCAGAGCAGCACGUGGGCGAGUCCACUGGACGGGAAGAGGUUCUUCGACAGUCUUCACAAAGCUGAGGUCAUUAUGUGUAGCUGGAGACCCUUCCUGUUUCAUUGUAGUAUUGACACUGACCUCCUUUCACAGACCUCCGCCUGGGUCAACUUCUUCUUCUGGAUCAUCAUCGGUGUCCUGGUCUUCCUGCAAAGGCGGCAGAAAUUGGGGUCCAAAGUGAUGACGGGGGGCCCAGCUGGAGGACUGUUUGGAGACCCGGCGGUGACGGCAGCAGAGACGGAACCGUUCUUUAACCGCACGGCCCGAACGCAGUGAUGCGUCAGCUGCAUUAGUCAUUACUGAGCUUUUGCUGUUAGCGCUGCGGUUUCUUUGGGGCUCUCGAGGGGCUUCUGUGGCAGCUGGACUUCACCAGCCCCAGCAGUUUCGUCGCAAUCUAUUCAGUUGCAGAAGUGUGUAAACCUCGCAAAGUAUUUUGUAUUAGUGUUUGUCUGAUAAAAGCGGAACCACUGAGUUUGGUUAUUGAGUCAGUGAUGUCUUGUUGCUGAAGGUUUGACUGACACCUGAGCUUGACUGACUUGAGGAAAAAGGUUGCUAAUGACGUGUUAAUUCCAUUAAGGUGGCGCUCCCCCUGCUGGUUACUUUCUGACUUACAACAUUCAUGAGUCAAGAACGUGCCUGGGGACAUGUUCGGGGUUAAAGCUGACCAUGGAACUGAUUCAACAAUUUCUCUAAUAAAACUGGAAGUCAAGCCUUCUGUCUGCCUUCAUGCUGACUCAGCUGGAUGAUGAGGUUCAACACAAGUCUGUUAUUAGCAGCAGGUGAAAAUAGCAGCGCUGAUCUGAUGGUUGCCUUGGCGACCUGCUAUCGCUAAUCUCUGCGGAUUAUCGAGCUGAGUGGACCGGCAGGGUGAUAGGAUCACGGACAACAGGAGCGAAGACACAAGCGCUGUCCGUCAAACUUUUUGGGCGAGAACAAGAGUGUUCUUGGGAGAGGGAGCAGCACUCUGGAGGAGACUCAGGAAGAUCUUGACCCCAAGAGAACCAGUAAUCUGGUGAUUAACUUGACCCUGGAGACUCCGAUGUCCGAGGACCAGUUUGACUCGGUGGCAGUGAGCGUGGAGUCGCUCCUCUGCGACGCCAAGCGGAUGCAGCAGCAGUGUCGUGAGCGCAGCGAGCAGUUGGCUCUGGCUGCCACCCAGCUGAGGGUGGAGUCGUCCGCCCUGCGGGAGCAGAGCGAGGAGGCACUGCUCAACAUGGCCACCAUGAGGCGGCAACUGGACGAGCUGCUGGACACAAAGGCAGCCUUCGAGGCCAGAGAGAGGCAGGCCCGCAAGUUGAGCAAGCAGCUCUGAGGCCUGUUGACCCACCUCAACUGUACAUUUACAAACUGCGAGUCGAUUAAAAAUAAAUAAUAUUG